AUGGCAACGCGGAAGGAUUCCAAAUUAAGCAGCAGGUUGGUGAUCACCUCAGUGGCCCUUCAAGAUCACAUCACCAAGAACCUUCUCGAACCCGAUUUCUUGCUUUCGAACCCGCUGCUGACCUUCAAAAGCAAAGGGCACACAAUUCCCCACGCAAGAGAGAGAAGGAACCGAAGGGAUGCCCCUCAGAGACUCGAAGAAGCGCGAGAAUAUGUGCUCGAUCCCACUCCGCCACCUCUGACGUUAGCUCAGAGGAUGGGCUUGGUGGCCUCGCCCCCGGAGAGGCUGAGCGAGGACGAGUGGACUCUGGUUAAGGCAAGGUCCGUCCAGCAACGGGAAUCCGAGCAGCCUUGCGCAAUAUGCAGAGAGCCCUUCUGCCUUCAGCCUCAGGUGUUGCUGUCCUGCUCGCACGUCUUCCACAGAGCGUGUCUCCAGGCCUUCGAGAGGUUCUCCGGCAGGAAGCGCUGCCCCAUGUGCCGCCGGGAGCCGUACGAAACGCGGGUGAUCCACGACGCCGCGCGCCUCUUCCAAAACCAGUGCGCCGCCAGAAUUCAAGCGUUCUGGCGAGGCUACGUGACCCGGAAGUGGUACGGGAACAUUCGGAGAACCGUCUGCCCGAAAGACAAGCACCUCCGGCGCAAAUUCUUCGAAGCAAAGCUGCAGGAGCUGAGCGACAGCUUUGUGCGACGCUGUCACAUCGACGUCGAGGCUUUUCUCAGCGAUAUCGACCUUUCGCUGUCAUCGAGCCGCCGAGUGUUCCGGCAGCUGGAGAGCAAAAAACAUGUCCCUGAGCCUCAGGAGGACGACUGGGAGCGCAUACAGAGUCAGGUGACUCAGCGCGGGGCCAGCGACUGCCCCAUCUGCCUGAUGGCGCUGCGCAUCCCGGGAGCUGCUCCGCGGUCCUCCGGCUUCAAGCUCCAUCAACGAGGGAGACGCUCAGUGCUCUUGUCCUGCUCCCACCUCUUCCACCAGGUCUGCCUGGACGCCUUCGAGGCCUUCACUGCGGACCGCAUCCCCGCGUGCCCCCUGUGCAGAUCCACCUAUCACAAGAAGCUCAUCUGAAGCAGAGUCUUCAAUGAACCUACACGUAUGCUCUGGAAUGUAGGAGGAAGCUGGACUAUCUGGAGAAAACCCACAGAAGCAUGGGGAGUAGAUGCAAACUCCACACAGGAAGC